GGGAGUCGGUUGCGUUCGUUUGCACGUAGCUAAAAGUUUGAUCGGUUUCAAACUUUGCGCAACAACUCCCAACAACAUGCAACAACAAGCAACAGGGUGUGCAAACGGACACGACGUGUAACAUCUGUUGUGGAGUAUUUAAGAAUGUUCUCAUCUUUAAAGUUUAUUUUUCGUUUCAUUAAGUGGGUCAAAGUUAGUGUAGAUUUUUUUUUUUCGUAGGUGUUUUCCUAUUUUGAUCUUCUAGUACAGCUCGCGGAUUUACUUAAAGUCACUUUAGGACUAGAAAUACGUAUCUCGCAAUAACCGUCGCGAAACUCGGUUUGGUAACGGCGCUCAAGUUAAGCCCUGUCGGUCAGGGUUAAGAAAAGGGUGGGUGACCAACCACGAAUAUCGUCGUAAAGGUCCAUACGUUGUUCUCUCUUUUCUUCUUCUUCUUUUUUGCGUACUAUGUGGUGUUAUUGUUAACAGUGUAUUGAGAAGCAGAUUUAGCAUUAUUUCGGCGUCCGGAUUUAGAAAAAGGCAAAAACAAAGAACUAAUAUGGCAGUGCAGUUCGCCUGAAAAUUAUUAUACUUCGGGCCGUAAUACUGAACUGAAGCUUCGCAGACGUUGAUCUAUAUAUCGGCGGGGAAACCGGCAAACUAAGAAAUCUGGGUUUUCCACAGUGUAAAACGAUCAUAAUGCCUCUAAUUCCAAUCUGUUCCUCUGUCUCUUUUUGGUGGCGUUGCCUUCGCUGUGCUGGGCAAUGUUCUCUCUUCUCCGCGGUCUCUUGUUGACGUCUUCUCCGUCGUCGUUCACGCUAAAUUUGAAGUCGGCGUUCUCGUUCCAGAGGAGUUUCGGUGGAAAAUCUUCCUGGGCGAGGAUUUGCACCUGCUGUGCUUGUGUUUCAUUUGCAUGGGAAAUUGUUCGUGAUUCACCGAUAGUAAACUUUGAACCUUGGUCAUCGGCGGCAAAGUCUAUGUUGCCUGGAAACGCAAAAUGCUCCAUGACGUCAUUGGCGGACACCAAGAAUAUAUAUUCAUGAAAAGAUUUAUGGCGCAUCGAAUUUUGCAGCUGGCUAAGACCACGCGCGGUUAGCAGACUACUCGCGCUUCGCGCGCGACGAGAUUAUAAAGUCGCUACGCUCGGAAAUAUUGCUCUCUGCUAUUGAUGGUUUUAACAGUGACGCCAUCAGAUUGCAAAGUAAAAAAAGCGAGGUUUUACGAAUUCUUAUUUACACUAGGUUGAAGAUAAAUAGAAAAUAAAUCUUUGAAGUUUCAUUUCGAAUUUCCGAGUUUUCACAGUGCGUGACACCAAAAAGGAAUGCUGUUUCAUUGAAAAAGGUCAUUCCUCUUGAUUUUCAGCAGGUUAACCAUUUCAGGUGUUAAAAGAUGUGUUUUUGUGCACGUAUGCUAGCUCUCGAGUGAAAAGGAAGAGCUUUUAUAGAAAAAGUGAACUCCAGAUCUUUUUAUUGAUUUCCGGAGGGCAUAUUAGUGAACAGUUUCUGUCCACCAAUAUGGCGUCUCCAUACAAAGCUCUAACGAAGGCACUUGAAAUGUUUAGGCAAAUAACUUAGAAACUGUGGACCACAAAGACCUGAGAUUUGGAUAAAUUGUUAGUCUGUUACAACAAUUCAUUUUCUUGGCUUCUUCAACAGGACGGUUUUUAGUUUAUUUUUUGUGCCGUGUUAAUUGCGUGACAGUGAAAACGAAGAAUUGUCAGAAUAUUGCUACUUUAUCAUAGGUGGCCGUUGUUGUCACGUCAGCGCUGACAAUUGGUUCAUUAGUCUGGUUGAAGUUCCUGUUUUGGCUUGUUAACCAGCGUUUUAGUUUUUCAUCGGUUUGUAGCUUUUUACUGAUCCGGCAACCAUGUAGGUUCAGAAAUACCAAAACAUCACCCACGCCGAGUUCACUUGGUUUUUUAUUCCCACCGUCAGCUAACUCAAGCAUGUCCAGCUUUGGUCAGCUAUUUGACUUACUUAGAGCAAGGAUUGAGUAGAGAAGAAGAGUAAGAAGAUUAAGAUUGUUAGCAGACGUCAAAGAAGAUAAAAAAUAAAGACCAAGAUGUUAAUCACAUUCCUAGUACCUCAUCGUCUAGCGAGCGAGUUGAUUGAUUGUUGGCCAAGAACGGGCAACAAUGUUGUGUCGGUUAAUUGCACGGGGCUUAAGUGCUAGGCAGUACUGUAGUCAAUACGGUAUUGAAGGCAGUCACUUGCAAAGUACACUAUAUUGUCGAGACUAAGACGAAAUAAUUAAGGAAUUGUACAUUAUCAAAUGCACUCUCAUCGUCACAUAUCUCAUUUUUCAGUAUGUCAACACAACCGGAGCUCGAGUGUGUUUAAAGGAGUUGUACAAGUCAAAGUACAACCCUCUCUCUGUAUCAUAUACUGUCUUGUCAGGUAAGAACGGUUUAGUGGCAUUCUUGUUUUAGCAACACAUAGGUUUUACUGAUUACUCACAACUAAUUCAUUAUGAAUGCAUACAGAGAUAACUUAUAUACGAGAGUCAUUUCAUUAAUAGAGGAAGGCGAUCAUUUAAAAUAUUAGCUCCCUGGAAGUCGUUCAAUGUUUUUGCUACUGAUUAUUCCAUUUAAUCAGUAGAUACUGCUCUCAAUUUGGCGUCGUCAGUUUUAUUUUCCUCUUUUCCUCCUGCUAAGCCUAUCGGCCGCACAAGCAGUUGGAAUGAUGUUUGUGAAGCUGCCUCGAUCGUCCCCAGUCGCUCGCGUUGCUUGCCUGCAUUUCUCGCGCUUCUCGAUUGUUCUGUUCUCCCUACUAAGCCUUGGGAAAGCCUGUGGAAAAGGCACUCUCUAAGGGACCAAAUGUGUGGAGAUUUCUAAACUGCACAGUCGUUUUAUAUCUUUAUCACAGAUAUUUGCCAGCCAAGAUGGAGUUUUUUUGGUGGCUACUGUUACUUCACAAGUCGUGCAUGCGCCUCUUGGCUGACCGCUGAAUCAAACUGUUCUACGAUGAGUUCCAAUUUGGUAACGGUUCACGAUCAGGAAGAAAAUGUCUACAUUCAACACCGUCACAACGGAGAGAGAUCUUGGAUUGGACUCAAUGACCGAAGUGUGGAGGGCUCCUUUGUGUGGACAAACAAAGAAAUAAGCAAAUUUAGGUUCUGGGCCCCACAGCAACCGAACGAUUGGAAAAACGAAGACUGUGUUCACACUCUUGGAGCCAAGCAUGGUUACACUUGGAAUGAUGUGCCAUGUACUAACUGUUACAACUACACUUGUUUUAAAGGUACUAAGCGUAGCAAGGUUUAUAACUAUCUAAUAUUAAUGAUCUUCAUGUUCCAGAUAGUGAAUCUCAGUAGACAUGUAACUACGUUAAAAAGGUGAUAACACAAUUAAAGCAUAUCCUAUUACACGGAAAACAAGUUACCGGUAGGCAGAUUGUAUGGAAAGCAAGAGAGGGUAACACCAAUCAGACUAGACUCAAGUAAAGGUAGUUUCGGUAUUAGAAACAUAAGGAUUACACUUUACAUUUGCAUUAAAAAAUAUCCAUUGACCGAAAAAUAGCCUCAAAAGCAUGAAAUCGGUAUAAUCAAAAGAAGAAGGGAAAAGUCGCGCCAACCUCCACGUAAUUUUCAACCAUGUUUCUUAGACACCUUUUUGCAAAUGGUUAAUGAGCAUAAGCUCAGGGAAAGCUCCCAUACGACCAUUUUUUUUAAGUCCCUUUUUUUUGCCUUGCUAGUGUACGUUACUUACCGUCAACUAAACUACAUUAUUAUUCAUUCAAAAUAUUUCCCCGAUUCUGAUUAGCUAAAAGCACACGUUUAAUUCACCAUAACCAGUUACUGAUGACCAAAUUUGGAAGAAUUUUGUGUUUAGCGAGGAAAUGACGUCAAAAAUGCAGCGUUCUUGCAGGUUAAUGCACCGUUAACCGAGAAGACCUGGGAACGAGGUUGAGUUGUUUUGGUUAAAAAAGGCGGACAUUUCACUCUUUUCAAGAGUAAGAAUUAGGCAAAAAAAGCACUAAAAAAAAAAAGUGCACUAUCGAGGAUGAACUUAUCAUCGAUGGAUCGAUGGAGGUAAGCACGUUUUAGCCAUGUUUUUAAACUAGGAAUUAUUUUGAAUGAAUAAUAAAUUAAACCAAUUCAGUAUUGAGUUCGGCUUUCGUAUCAUAUGAGGAAUUAUGAAAAUCUCGGAGGGUUUUAUCCGCCUCGGCCUACGGCCUCGACGAAUAACACCCCCACCCCCCCUGAUCUCCAUAAUUCCUCAUAAGAUACUCAGUCUCAUUCAUUAAUUGUUAAAUAUUUUCUUUUUAAACAAGCUUCACUAACUAAAAAAGUCAUGUUGUGUGACAAGAAGCCUCUGUGUGUUUAUUUUAAUAGACCUGGAUGAAUGUACCACUGGUUCCCAUUCCUGUGACGUCAAUUCUGUAUGCCAGAAUACCGUGGGUUCAUACGCAUGCUCGUGUAAUGCUGGGUACACUGGAGAUGGAAAACCCUGCAAUGGUAUUUAAGAUAAACUGUCGAUCUUUCAUGUGCGACCAUCCUUCCUAAGCGACCCAUAAGCCGAGAUGGAUCUACACAUAUCGUAACUUUGAAAUUGCGCACAAUAAAGUAUUUUUUCAAACGCACCACCUGUAGUUCGAUUCUUGUAAGCGACACCCUCUAGUCAUGUAGCAGCUCUCCUAACUCUAAACGUCAAAAAAUGGGAAACAAUAAGAAGCAAUGACGUGUUAUUGUUUUCUGCGACCAGUGAGGAAAUACCUAACGAGCAUCUCCUACAUUAGCCCUCUCUAAUCUGAAGGUUCCACUUCGACUGUAAUACUAUAGUCAAAGAAGACAACGAAACCGAUUGAAGGCGUAAUGCUUUUUUGCAAAAUAUCGACACUGUCAUGGCGUUUUGGUAAAAAACCUAAGACCAUAUUUGUUAAAGUAACAAACAAAAGCAAAAACAAAAAUGAGUACAUCACCUUAGCAGCAAUUCAACCAGAUGUACACUAUUAUUCUCAGUCUCCAUAUAUCUGUUAUUCUAACGCUUUAUGUAACUUACAAUUCUGAUGCAGAUAUCGACGAGUGUUCUACCAACUCUCACAGUUGUGACGUUAAUGCGAUGUGUAGCAAUACUGUUGGAUCGUACGCAUGCGCCUGUAAAGCAGGAUUCACAGGCGAUGGAAAAACAUGCUCUGGUAAGGGGUUGCCGUGUUGUAAAAAACGCUUCUAAGACGAUGAAUGUGCCUGUAUGUUCUACUGAUUCGAUCUUUAUGUUUAAAUAUGUAGAAAACGAUGGACAUAACCUAAAGUAAAUGUUUCGAAAUAAUAAUUAAAGUAUAAUUAAAGUAAAACAAGAAAUACAGUAUCUCGCAUACUCUCAGUGACUCAAGUCGGUCUUGCACUUAACAUUAUGUCAAAGCGCGUCAUUGUAGCAAUGCACGAAAAUUAGCAAAAGAUAAAAAAAAUAAAAAAAAUAAAACAAUCCUCCUUAACCAGCAGGUUAUAGGAUUACAGCAGUUCUUGUCUUCUGACAUGAACAGUUAGGUAUAACAAUAAAGGGCAUGUUGCAGAGGUCAGACCCUUUGAGAGAAAUAAAAGGUGCUUAAAAAUCGACUGUUUGGUCUGUUGAAAUAACGGAAAGGGAUCUUGUGACAGUACUGGUGUUACCUAUGAGCUGGUCUUCCAAGAUUCCUGGAGUAAAUAUAUUGGAGAAUCAUCACUGUUCGAACCCUAUAACCUGGUUACGGAGGAUUGUUUUUAUUUUUAUUUUUUAUACCUUGUGUUAUUUUUUGGUUGUUUUUCGUGCAUUGCUACGUGACGCGCGUGUCAAUUAUUUCGGAUAUCACUAAGUGUGGCGUACAACUGCAGAUCGAGGUCAUAAGACGAAACUAUAGCUAGUUUUGUAAAAAUCCCCUGGAUAAAUGUGUGUUGAAAGUGGAUCUUCAUUAGAUGUUUCUUUUUCUCUGUUGACAUUUCGAAUCCCGUUGAAGUCCCGAGUUUAUUACUUUUUUUUUUUUCGGAUUAAUUUGCAAUUUCUUUAAGUGCAAUUACAGCUAAUUACCACUGGGACGAUCACAUCUUCAUUUAAAAAUAAAUCACUUAUGUUUCUCUGAAUGUCAUUCAGACAGAUAUUCUAAUAGCGGGGCUCCCGCGCGCGCGAAGCGCGCGUGGGACAGAGCCCCAUACUCAUGGAAUAUGGUCAACCUCUUUUCGUUUGGUUGUCACGUGAUUGACCGAGCGUACGUACGUACGUACGUACAUACGUACGUACGCGUCUACAGAUUGUACGGGUGGGGUAGGGGAGACUAUCAAAAGGAAGGGAGGGGUGUCUCAGGCGUGUCUUGGCAAGUCCACAUCUUUAAUAUAGGAUUUUAGGACAUUCACAAUAUGGUCAAUUGACAGCUGUCAAAACAGGAUAGCCACUGACCAGUAUCCCAUGACCAUAUCGCGGGCUCAUGUGUCAACUCAUCGAGGUGACGUGAUUUAUUUGGAAGCUGUCCGCUGACCAAUUAAUUGUUUUACUAGAUCGCGAACAAUGUUCAAUCUCAUACUUUUACUAGUUAAACUGAUAAUGCACACAUAUUGGACAUCAAUGUUUUGAUCAAUUGACAGCUGUCAAAACAGGGUACCCGCUGACCAGUAUCACUUGACCGUAUCGCGGGCUCAGGUGUCGACACAUCGAGGUCAAGUAUUUUUUUGAAGUUAUCCGCUGACAAGUUACUAGUUUUCAAGUGAUCGCAGGCUCAAGUUCAAGUUUUUUCAAAAUUCAUAUGAAAUAUGUUGUGUUUCUGUGCUACACAAUUAAAAUUUUGAUUGCAAACUGACCUCGGACGCGAAAAUUCAGCCAGCUGUUACAGGCAGGGAAGACAGUUGCUUUUGACUUUUCUCACCAUGGUCACGCGUUGGUCACGCUCUACGUCCAAUUUUUAUGCUCUGAUUGGUCAAAAUUUGACAGGUGAGUUCAUGCGGAAAAUUUAUGCAGCAUCUUGAAUCUUGCUUACUUUGACAGCUGAAGCUGACAGAGUUUUGUGUCAACUUGUGAUGUUUUUAACUGUCUUUUUCCACUGGAUGUGCAAAAUGAAAUUCAGCUGCUAUCAGGAGUCCUCUGUUAUUCAUGGCUAGUUUGUUUAUUGGGUUUUUGGUUGAGGAAUACGUCGCUUGUCAAAGUCGGAAAUCCGAUUUCGGAUGGCAUCGUUUUCGUUUUCACCUUGCUUGAUGCGUAAGAGGAUUGCAAAGUCUGAAGCGAUACUGGCUUUUCUUGAUACCUUUCAGGAGCUGCAUCUCGAAUGGUAAGCCAGAGAAAUUAUUGUAUUUGAUGUUUGUUUUUUUGGAUCUAAUUUAAUAAAGUCGAGCGGAGUUUAUGCGGUCAUUUAGUUUAUGCACGUUUGUAAGAUUUGAGACAAUGAUCUGACCGAGUAUCAGGUUUGAUAUAAGCUUACAGAACUUUAAAAAGCCUUUAGACAGUUUCUCACCGCAAAUAGAAAGAAAACGUUCCAAAGAAUAUUUAGUUACAAUUCUGGCCGGAAAAGAAAGCUUUGAGCGAUUUUCUUGCCUCGAGUUCGUCUUUGAAAAAGGCAAACACCUGGAAGCCGGCUUAAUAAACUUAAGCUUGAAGCUUGAAGACUCAGGAUUUUUAGGGAUACUUUAAUACUUGUCUUCCUGAAUGAAAAUUGUUGGUUCUGUAUAUGUUUCACCGAAUUAUAUUUCUUUUAUUGAUUGUUAGUAGUCUCUCUUGUAAUUUUAAUCGCUGUGCCGAUUGUUUUCAGUCGUUCAGUGAACAUCGCUUGCAGAGUACUCAAAAUGCCGGGCGUUAAUAAACCAUUAAAUAAAAAAUAAACAGAAUAAAUUCUUUAUAAUGUUGGAGCAUAACUCUGUUAAUGUUCAUUCAAACACUCGCCACAGCUCGCACUACAAAAGUGAGAACCGGAUGGCCGUAUAGGUGAUUUUGGAAAUUUUUUUAACAGUUUAUGAAUAUUGAAUGAGUGCAAUUUGUAUUGUGAAAUACUGCUUUCUGUCCGAGGUCUGCCGGUAUGAUAAAAACAGUGCCUCAUACUACUGUUUCACCUCAGAUGUGAUGUAUAAAUGGUAUAAAAGGUUGGUUUACACGCACCCAGAUUUGUUGACAAGAUUUUGCAAAGUAAACUUGUUGAACGCAAAAAAGUUAGCCUGAUUUUUUUUCCACUAAUUAAUCUACGGUGAUCAAGAGCCAUUAUGGCUCUUAAAUGUGAUCGAAGAUGAUUACCAGUUUUUGGGUGUACAUAUGAGGCUAUCAACUCGAUGUAAGAUUUGGUUCACUCUUGGGCUGUUUGCAAAUUAUUUUUCUCUAAAAUCAGCUGGCCUUUCCCUCAAAAGUCACAUAAAUGUGCUCUAAAGUUAACUGAAUUGUGGAAUUCGAAUACAAGGUUAUUGUUUAAUUUAAAUUAUAAAUUUAUUAAUGGGAGCCUCGCUUUUAGCCCUGGCUAAAUCUAUGUAUUAUUUAGAGUUCUUUCGUGUUCUCAGAUAUCGACGAGUGCUCUACAAACUCUUACAGCUGUGACGUCAAUGCAGUGUGUAGCAAUACUGUGGGAUCAUACGCAUGCCCCUGUACAGCAGGAUACACAGGCGAUGGAAGGACGUGCAAUGGUACGAUUUUUCGUUUCGUUUUGUUUUAUUUUCCUUGAGGUGGUGGAAACAAAUUAACAAUAUCAUGAUUCAUGAUGCAACAAUUUUUUUAGAGCCGUAGGCGGGGUUGCAUAAAGCCUCCACACAAUUAUUAAUGCAGGACAGGAGCCCAGCUCAGGACUGUACAGAACUAUUACUGUUUCAUAGACCUUUUGGUCGACUGACUGUUAUUCUUCCCUAUAGAACGAACUCAUUUACUGGUCGAAAUGAGUAAUUUAGUAUAAAUUUGUUAUUCAAUAUUUUCAAUUUUCCCAACUCAAACCCCGUUAUUCUAUCACUGAGUUCUAUGCAAAAAUUAAAAGAAGCAAAGCCUGCCUAAACUUCGUCGUCAAGUACGAAAGUGUCUCAAGGUUUUUUCUACUUUUUGAAUCCACUAUCCUCCACCUGUUUAUAUGUUGCAUCAAUUGCUUGACUUGGUUUCCAAUAAGCAUCUAAUAGUUUUCUUUAGGAAUGAUAACUGAAUAUUUUUAAUGUUCUUGCACUAUAUAGCCUCAGUUGCAUCCGGCCCACGCACUCGUCUAAACCAUUCGUAUAGUCCGUCUGCGAAUUAGUUAUCAUGAGCUCGUUCUAAUAUCCUGUAGGGUCACAAGGACGUAUGUGAGCGUUUCUGAUAGGCAGGUUUCUUACGGGCUUCUUAAUUAAGCGCCUUACGAUCUCUGUACAAAAGGUUUAGAGCGUCUGCGGCGCAGGCAAGCAUUGUAAGGCGUUCUUAAAAAGACACACGAUGCAUCUAAAUAUAUAGUAGAAUCAAAUCUUACAUGUAGCCUUGAAAACAUCAAAAAUGUUUGAAACAUCAGCACUCUGAAUCUCCAUUCGUAGAUGUUGAUGAAUGCACCGGCGGUUUACACAGCUGCCAUAAGUUCGCUUCAUGUACAAACACUAUUGGAUCCUACCGCUGUUCAUGUCACCAGUAUUACAAUGGAGACGGUAAAAACUGCCAGCACUCUGUGAGCGGUGAGUAUAGUUUUCAUUGGUCUGGAUUAGUUAAAACAGGUAGAAAACAUUCAGUGGAAGAGGAGUACUUGAAGUGUUUUUAAAAUUCGGGCACAUUACCUGCAGGCCAAAAAUUGUUCCUAACAGAGUCCAUGAAAAAAUUUCCAUGCCUUAGUUCCUUAAAUACCUCUCAUAUAUAAACAAAGUUUGAGGUCCAUCUAACUUAAAUAAGUAAUUAAUUAUUAAAUUAAUUGUUUUUUAAUCUUCCACAAAUAUAUAACGAGAAUAUUGUAUUAGCAAGUUAAUUAUUUUAUGAUUCGCAAUAAUAUUGAUCAAGUUCAGCAUUUCAGUGCAAAUAAACUGUCUCCUUUUCUGGCUGCGCGGAGAGUGAACGUAUUAACCUGGCCCCUUUUGCAAACACACAUCUCCCAGCAUUGGAUUAGAUACAUAGAUACAUACAUAUUUCACUGGCUGGUCCCCACAGGCCUUUUCAGAGUCAAUGUUACCAUAAAAACUGGGAAAUAAAAAAAUAAUAAAAAAAAAAAUAACAAUUUAAAAAACACUCGGUUCCUGCACACAGAGGGUUAAAAACGCGAAAAAUAAUUAGCUUACUAAAGGAAGGCGUCCUGAAGUCGCCUAAGUUGAUGCUUAAAACUAGUCAAUGAUCCGCCUAGUGUAAGUGCUGGUUGCAACUCAUUCCAUAAUGACGUCGCUCAAAGGCGGAUCGGACCAGUAUAGAAAAGUGGUAUGCUUAACAUUUCCGAGUCCUUGGUUUUCUUUGUCGAGUCGGCCGAUCUUUUUACGAGCUUUGAAGUUAAGUAUCCUGGAGCACACUCGGUCAUGCACUUAAGUGCGAAAACAGCAAGUCGAAAAUAUAGUGGUGCUGGUGGUUGCUUCCUUUUGACAAGGGAGUCAUGUGAUCGAAUUUUCCAUCUACGCCUACAAUUUUACAGGCGAAAUUUUGUGCUGCUUGGAGUUUGUCCAGAUUAGGUUGGAUGGUGUUGCUCCAAGAGGGGAGUAAUAAAACAGCUUACAAAAAACUAAUGCGUUUGUGAUAAUAAUCAAAAAAGCGUUUUUCUCGGGAUUGAUUUGGCCUAUUCAUACAUGAGGACACAGUAGAAACAAUAUGCUCGUUAAAUGUAAAAUUAGUGUGUAGUAUCACACCAAGGUCUCUUAUACCUUUAACGGGUUCCAGUUGUUUCCCCAAAAGAGAGAGGCGAAAGUUAUUUAUUUACCUUGGCAGUCAUUUGUCUGCUGCCAAAUAUGAUAAGUUUGUAUUAUCUGGAUUAAGGGCUGGUUACUAAAACAUGAAUUCCGAAUCGUCAACAGGUCCUGGUUCAUGUUAGUCAUCGCUUUCUCUUAGCUUUAUCGUGGAGUUGAAAUGGGAUUAGAAGUUUGGUAUCAUCAACAUAACAUUGUAGGGAACAGUUUUCGGAAAUCGAAGGGAGAUCAUUAACGUAGAUGCUAAAAAGUAAUAGACCCAGGAUGCUCCCCUGUGGGACGCCAGAAGUGACAAGUAGCUUGUCAACAACAACAACAACAACAAUAUCUUUUUUUAUUCGCCUCGUACUUAAUUACAUACAUGAAAGAGAAAAAUUUAUAUAAUUAAUUAAUUUGUCCUCCCUUGUCCGACAAGGGUGUGUUUAUUCGCACGGUUUGGUAUCGUGAAGUCAAUUAGCUCCGAAACCAUUCAAUCACUGAUACAGAAGCUCCAGAAUCCUGUUAUUUGUCCAGAAGUAUCUCAUGGUUAUUAGUACUGUCAAAUGCUUUGCUCAAGUCGGGAAGAAAAAGGUCAGUUAGUUUCCUUUUAUCAAUGGCUCUCAGGAUUUCAUCGGUUGUUUGAAUAACAAUAUGCAACUAACUAAACAAAUUUUUACUGCACAUCUUAUGGAGCAGCUCUCCAUAAUAAUGCCUUGCAUUAUUAAAAGGCGGAUUUGGGCGCUUUGCCAAAUAGAGCCAACAAUCCAUCCACUCAUAAAAGUUUCACUUCUUUCGCACUGUACCUUAAUCAGCAUAUCAGCUGCAAGAUUGAUUUAUCAUCAAAAGGUAGAAAAGAAGGCGUCAGUGAAAAUGCCAACACAGGGUCGGGGUUGGGGUCCGCUGUCCUUUAUUUCGUUUUAGUUUCUGUUGUUGUUGUUGUUGUUUUUUGUUUUGUUUUGUUUUGAGUGAAAUCUGCUAAAACGACAAAAAAAGAAACACGAUUUUUAGUCGCGACUUGAGCAAAAAAAAAACAGAAGAGGAACUGAAACGUUACGACAAGGACCACAUUAGCUGCCGUAAACUGAUCGGAUGGACUGAUGAUCAGUGGCCAAUCUAAAACCUUGAGAAUCAUCAAAGGGUUCUUGGUCCAUAUUUUACGAAAGAUAAAGAAGCGUCACCGUAACUGAUUGUCUCCAGUCGUCAUAUCCGGGACACGAUUACCAUAUUUGGAAGAUGUAGGCAGUUGAUACAAUCGAUGGCAUGCUCCUCCUUGGCUCAGUCCCCAGCCUUGGGUGUCCCGAUGUGCAGGACGGCUGGGCGCACGGGCUUAGCUAUUCUUAAAAUUGACCAAUCAGAAGCCAGCCCGCAGACUUUUGCUGGCUGGCUUCUGAUUGGUCAAUUUUAACGAUUGCAUAAAUUUAUUUGCGUGAUAACGAAAAGCUAUUUUAGUAAACAAAGGUUGCAGGCGUUACAAGAUUGAAAAUGGUUACUUUCUUGGCCUUGAAAAGUUUGUUCUGGAUAAUUUCAAGGAAGAGGAGAUUCUGACUUUGAAGGAGCCUAUUCUGGCUCGAGAUAAAUUUCUUAUUCUACCAACGAGUUCAUGGAUAUCUUUAAGUUUUCGAUCUUUUCGCGCGGUAGUGGAUUACAUGGAAGGCAACCAAAACUGCAGAGCCUAUUAUCAUUGUAGUCUUUCCACUUCUGUCCUUGAAGAAAGGCCAAGUAAAUUAUCUAAACAGCAAAGGUAUAUAAAGGCAGCUUCCAUCGGUAAAGGACAAUUAUAUCAGUGGCGUUUAGAAUUAGUUUCAUUUAUCUUGAUCAAUCCGCGCUAAUUCGUAGCGUCGGAGUCACUUCUUAAAACGAUACUUCUCAUGAUCAAUACUACCGUACUGCCAUUUUGCGUAGUAAACUUACUUGAGUUUGAGGGCAGACAAGCCUUAUAAAUUCACUUAAUAAUAAUAAUUAUCAUUAUUAUUAAUUAUUAGAAGAAGUAGUAAGACAUAUAUUCAAAUGAAAUUAAUUAUCUGCGUAUCGGAAACUGCCUGAAAAAGAACCAGAAGAUAAAAAUUGUAUGAGCUUUAAAUCUCAAGAUUUGAUGCGCGUUACUGUGCGAAACAUACUUAAGUUUAAAUUCAGCUUACGACUCUAUUGUCUCACGAUCGUGUUUUAAAGUAAUGUUAUGAAUGAAAAAAACAGAAAUUAUUUCUGGCAAACCUUUGUUCGAAAACUCAUAUGCUUUACGAAUCAGCGAAUCCAACAACAGGCACUACUCGUUCUUCGCGAAAUGAAGUGACAGCCUGCAAAUUUUUGCUUGUAAACAAAUUUAAACCUUAGCUAUUCAGCUCUGGUUUAGCCAUUAUUAAAACUUUCUUUUUCCUUGUAGAACAUAUUUUAUUUAAGCUUCCUUUUGUGUAUUUAUGCCCCAUUUACGACGAAUUCAUGACCAAUCCUUCUCCAUGUUGUUAUGACUCAUUUAGGCUUAUGUUCAACACUAAAUCCGACUCAAAUCGGGGCUCAUUUUUCAAUUUUCUUUAAAGCCAAGGUCAAGAUAAAAAAAAACUUUUAUGAAACAUUUAUAACUGCACAAAUUCCCUUUUGAAAGCGUAAUUUCUUUGGCAAUAAUGUGAAAAAUGUACCUGGAAAUUAUUCACAAACUUUGCUGUAUUGGUUGCAUGCAUUUCAAAACAGAACAAGCGUUCUGCCGUGAAGAAACCUUGGUCGAAGACAUUGAAGUCAAUUUUCCUGGUUGAUAGCUUUUCUUUUUCCACAAAAAGGAAAGAGAGAAUUCUUUUGAUCAUUACCUUUCUAUCUGCGUCUUCAAACAGUUCAUUUGUAAUCUCGCUACGAGAAAAAAAUAAGCUAUCUACUGUCUUUAUGGGAGAUGGUUCCUGUUCAUGAGGAAAAAUCGUCAUGCAUAAAUUACUCAGUUAACACCAUAACGUCAUGCACAAGAAACUUAGCCCGUGCGCCAAGCGGUCGGGUGGGGAGUAGCGCGGGCGCAUCUUGACACCCAAGGCUGAAGACUGAGCCUAUGCUCCUCCGCGAUAUGCAUAAUUCUGCACAUCAUACUCAGCCUCAUUCAAUGAUUGUUAAAUACAUGAACUAUUUGUGACUCAAUAAGGUUCUCAAUAGAAGAGGAAAACUUUGAACUUGCCGUUCCGCCAUGUUAAGGCAGGGAGUCGAAAAAUCAUUACAUUGAUCAUGAUCGAACCAGUACAUUAUUCACGAUAUGUUUACUAUUACUUUCAAUCCGGAGAACUGAGUUCUCUAAUUUUGCCGAUUAACUGCGAAUGCGGUCAACUUCAACCGUCGAGACCUAACUUUGGCUAACGAAAAGUUCGGAAAUAGAUCCUCAGAGAAAGUUCCCGUAAAUAUUAACUCGCUAGUUAGACUAAGUAUCUUUUUUUCAUUAUAUAAACACCAAUGAAACGUGAGCUUUCGCGCGAAAACUUGAUAUCUUCACGUGUGAAAAUAACAUGUUAUCUUCACACUUGAAAAUAUCACCGUUGCUAUGGCUACAGAAUAAAUCGCGCCUUUCACACCAAAAAACUAUUAAAGUGAAAUGGUUUGGUGUUUAUAUAAUAAAUAGAACAUUACAUGGCCGCUUGGAGAUACGAAAUUUCUCUUCUCGUGUUGAAAAAAUAUUUCACUCGUUCCGCUGCGCUCACUCGUGAAAUAUUUUUCAACACUCGAAGAGAAAUUUCGUAUCUCCGCGCCGCCCUGUAAUAUCCUCUAUAUCUUUUUUAGUAUCUGUUUUUAGUAUCUUGUGUUUGGAUUUUAUUUUUAUUCAUUCACGGUAACCUUUGAAAUAGCCUGAGUAUCAGGCCUUCCUAAGGGGCUAGGGGAGAGGAUAUUUUAGAUGGGGGAGGCAGGAGGGGGACAAGAGAAAGGAAAAAACUUAUUCACAAAAAUGUCCACGUUUGUAAACUGAGAAAUCACGAGACUAAUCCAAUUUUACGUCUGUUUAUUCAUCGAGCCAAGAAUAAGUUGGUGAAGUGAGACGCAAACAAUUCUUACAUGUACCAGUCACUGACCGGUUUGCAAUUCUGCAAAACUUAAUUCAUAUCAAUUCCCAUUAUGUCACGUCGCAUCGCAGUUAGAUGUAGUGACACUCUCUUCGAACGUUUUUCCCUCUUGUACGAUACAGAAUAACUGUGGAAAUUUCUUUAAUUUGGAUAGUCGUUUUUGCGAAGGCAGGUAGACGCUUAGAGCCUGUUACAUGAAAGGUGGGGGUCCCCAGGUAGGUGAGGUGAACCACUUAGGUAGGGUAACCCGCCUGUUCAUACAAUCUCUCAUAUGGUUACCCCCACCUAUCAUGUAAACUUGAUCAAAUUUAUUAUGAGAGAUUAUAUGAACAGGCGGGUUACCCACCUACACGUGAAGAGGCCUUUAAACUGUGUACUUGAGGUUGUACAAUGUAUUUGUAUAAUUAUAUCUGACCAUGCAACCUUUGUUAUUUUGGCUGCCUUGGUGUUCCCGUUUUAUUAUUAUUAUUUUUUUUAGUUAAAAAGAGAAAACCGUUAUUUAGCAACCAUAUUAAAGUGAAAUAUUUAGUAUCAGUAAUAGUUUAUCAGCCUACCCCAUAAAAUGGCUUUUCAGCCAACUUUCAAAUUGCAAUUUGAUAAUUAAAAGCAUAAUUAUCUACUUCACAAUAUGUGAAAUUUACAUUGUAUUGGGAAAAAUGUAUAUAUACAUUGCUUGUAGUACCUAACGUCAAACCACUAUAUGAUGCUUACACCACGUAUUUACCCUCGGCGGACUGCUCAUGGUCGCUGACCGGAAGUGAAUUUAAAGGAAGGCAUGUCUAACUUAUUUCUGUUUCCGAUAUUACGAGAGUGCGCAUCGACCAUUUUCUUAAACCUGUUACAGAUAAGGGGCUGGGCAAGUCCCUUAACCUGUGUUAAAUAAACUCGAAUUUUUUUAAGGCUUGUUAAAAAACGCAAGGCACGCGUUUUAUCACUGGUUAAAAAAUCUUGCGCUUACUACGCUUGAAUGUUAAACCAGUGAUAAAACACUGCUGUUCGUGUUUUAAACAUUACUAAACACGGAACACUUACAGACUAGAAAACGAUUGUUUUUCCUUUUCCUACAUUGAGAUACAUUCGCCUUAGAAUUAAACAACAAAAAACAUUCACUAAUAUAUGACAAUCAACUUGAACGAAAUGGAAUAAGAGUGAUAAAAAUUAAUGUGAAACAGUGUGAAUACACUUUUUAAGUGACUUUUUCGCUCCAUGUCGUCGCCCUCGUGGUUACUUUAGCUCCCUUUAGCUUUUAUGGAAAGAGACCGUGACUGAUGGGGAGAUCGGGUAUGACAAAUAUCUGUGAGAUUAAGGACUCUAGGCCUCCGACCGAGUUUAAUAAACUCAAGAGGGCUAGACUUUAACGUCACUGAAAUUUGUAGUAGGCUGCGACAUUAAAAUCCCAGGGGGGAGGGGUACUCCCCCGAGUUUUGGAUAGGGGUGUGCCGCAAAGGUUCGUGAACCCUAACCCUAUUUAAGGACUAAGAAAGCGAAAACUGAUACCCUUUAAGGCCCAAAGCCGAAAAAUGACACCCUAUUCAAAGAAAAAACAAAAUUAUUAAUAGCAUGAAAAGGAAAACUUUAUUUCUUCUCUGUAACAUUGGAUGUAUAGCAUCAAGCAUAAAAUACAAGAAUAAGCCUAGUUAAAAAAACAAAAAAAAACCCCUUCGUUUAGGCGGGCGUUUUCACACUCCAGUACUAGAUAAUACAAGUAAGGUACCCUAUCUAAGGACCACACCAGGGACACAGAAACAAAAGGGUCAAAAAAGAUACCCUAUUUAAGGACCGACAACCUCAAAAACCAUACCCUAUUCCGCGGCACGUACCUAUAUAGCUCAUAUAUGGGAGUACCCCCCCAACCCCUGGUUAAAAUCGCACCAUUUGAAGAGAGAACAUCAUGCCACAGGCACGCAAUCUCAGAAAGAAAAAACUUUAUCUAGGGCGUUUGUUAUUUUGCGCGUUUCAGGCUGAUCAUUAUUUAACAGUUAAUGAAUGAGGCUGAGUAUCUUAUGAAGAAUUAUGGAGAUUGAGGAGGGUGUUAUCCGUCGAGGCCGUAGGCCGAGGCGGAUAACACCCUCCGAGAUCUCCAUAAUUCUUCAUAUGAUACGAAAGCCGAAUUCAAUAACUGUUUUAUUAUUCAUUCAAAAUAAUUCCUAGUUUAAAAACAUAGCUAAAACAUGCUUACCCCCAUCGAUCCAUCGAUGUUCAGUUCAUCUUUGAUAGUGUACGUUUAGGUUUGUCCAACUCCGCAAAUAUUCUCCAAAUAGCAGAUGUCGCCCUUCAAGUUGUCUUCUUGCUGUUCUUGCCAUGUUUUUAGCUAUUUUUUCGCCUAGUCCUUACUCUUGAAACGAGUGAAAUGUCGGCCAUUUUUUUUAAGUUCACAACCAAAACAACUCAGUCUCGUCCCCAGGUCUUCUCGGUUAACGGUGCCUUAACCUGCGAAAACGCUGCAUUUUGACGUCAUUUCCUCGUUAAAGUCAAAAUUCUUCCAAAUUUGGUCAUCAGUAACUGAUUAUGGUGAAUUAAACGUGUGCUUUUAGCCAGUCAGAAUCGGAGAAAUAUUUUGAAUGAAUAAUAAACACGCUUGGAAAUUUUGACCUAAAAUUCGGCCAACGUUUCGCGGCCGCGCGGAGGAUUGGGUCCAUGUGAAUCAAAAAAAAAAAAAAAAUGGCGGCUCAAAGGGAACCUGACCAAGUUUUUUACAAAAAUAUAUUUUUGUAAAAAAGCAGUAUUUUUACAACCGCUCAAUUUGUAAAAAAGCAGCUUUUUUACUUAAAAAUGACGCUUUUUUACAAGGACCGUUUUUUUAUGCAACAUAUAUAUAUAUAUAUAUAUAUAUAUAUAUCUGCCUGGAGUUAUGAAAACCGGGUUAGCAAACAUUUUGUAAUUUUUCUCAACUUCUGCUGUCUAAUAGCUUGUUUACUGUGUUGUUUGCUUACGUCGUUUGUUUUUUUUGGCUUGUCUUCUGGUUAGAGAUUUGUGUAGAAGUGGCUGUAGACAGAAUUACUAUCCAGCCCCCCCCUCCAUUUUUUUCCCUACCCACAAUUCUUUCUUUAACACAAGUGACAGUUAUCAGUUUGAAAUCAGCGGGCGGUUAAGGCUGGUUUCGGUGCUGUUUAGCAGUUAAGUUUUAUAUAUUGGUCACCUUGAGAAAAGUUUCCCGGAGAGCAUCAUGUAAAGCUCUGAGAUGGGACAAAGUUAUUACGAUUCGCAGAGUGUGCAUCGUCCAAUAUCGUAUUAUAUUCUCGUUUCAUUUGGCUAAACGGAUUAAUCUCCCUGAUCCGGGCUGAUACAGAAAGGUACGAUAUUGUUCGCUUUUCUAAGGUGACCACUAAGUCUUUGGCCUCGGGAACAGGCUCUUAGGAGUCAAAUGAAUUAGUUGAGAGGAAAAUUGCAGCUGAACUUUGACCCGGGCCAAGACUUAGUAUUUUUCUGGUGUGAAAACAAGGCUAAGGUGAUCCGCCGACCGUGUGUCUCUAGAUCCGGGAACUUGAAUAAGACGAGUGUAAGAGAAAGGUCCAGAGGUGUUUAUCUGGCAAUAGGCUGAGUUUUUCCGAGUUAUUCGAUGAUAUUUGGCUUAUGUUAAACGUGAGAAGAUUAUGCGUGGUUGUGGAUAGUCUUAUCAGUGCCGCGAAAGUGUGUGAUUGUGUGAUUUCCGCAUGCUGUUGACAGGUAUGUGAUUGCGUGGUUGAACUGCGGUUUCGCCAAAAUAUUCUGUGCCAGCCAUUAAUAUUGUUUCGUCGGUGUUUAGCUUAGCUGAUUGUACCUUGGAAAAGCAACUCUCGACUCAGGAAAAUUAGAUCUAGGUCUAGUUUCAGCAGGCUCUAAUGGCAUUGCACCAUAGGCCGGUUUUUGCAGACAAGAAGGUGAUAAUUUGUACACUAUGUUUCAUUCAGUUUGUAGUCUAUUCCAUGCGGAAUCCUGUUGUUUAUCGGACCGCCCAAAGAGUAGUGUUUUGCUAACUAUUUAAGUUGUUAUGUAAGCCUUAACCAGGCACUCUUUCGCUGCAGCUCACUCAACUUAAAAAUUUCUAGACUGAAAUGACACCGGUUUGAAACUUCGCGAAGUCAGUUUACUGAAUAAAUGUUCUAAAAUUUGCGUCAUUCUAAAUUUGGACUCGUUGGAAUGCUUCUAGGGACCAUUAACGCACUGCCCGGCGUCAUAUAAAGGCAUAUAUAUAUAUAUAUAUAUAUAUAUAUAUAUAUAUAUAUAUAUAUAUAUAUAUAUAUAUAUGUUGCAUAAAAAAACGGUCCUUGUAAAAAAGCGUCAUUUUUAUGUAAAAAAGCUGCUUUUUUACAAAUUGAGCGGUUGUAAAAAUACUGCUUUUUUACAAAAAUAUAUUUUUGUAAAAAAGCAGCUUUUUUACGUAAAAAAGCUGCUUUUUUACAAGUUACCUGGUUGUAAAAAUACUGCUUUUUUACAAAAAUAUAUUUUUGUAAAAAAGCAGCUUUUUUAUGUAAAAAAGCUGCUUUUUUACAAAUUAGCCGCUUGUAAAAAUACUGCUUUUUUAUGUAAAAAAGCUGCUUUUUUACAAAAUAUAUUUUUGUAAAAAAGCAGCUUUUUUACGUAAAAAAGCUGCUUUUUUACAAGUUACUUGGUCGUAAAAAUACUGCUUUUUUAUGUAAAAAAUCUGUUUUGUUACAAAAGGUAUUUUUGUAAAAAAGCUGCUUUUUUAUGUAAAAAGUCUGUUUUGUUACAAAAGGUAUUUUUGUAAGAAAGCUGCCUUUUUAUGUAAAAAUCCUGCUGUUUUACACGUAUAGACCAUUUGACAAACUCAUUUAUCGAAGACAGGCUGUUUUCCAUAGCAUGGUUCGAAAUUUAUUGAACUGUAGUUUUCGUGCGGCUAGUCACGUUCACGUUCCCGUGUCCCCUUUAUUGUGGGGCAUUUAAAUUCCCUUGUUAACUCGCUGACAGCGUUAAAAAUUUACGUUCUUUUUACUCUUUUUAUUCUUUCUUCUUGUUUCCUUUGUCAUUCAAUUUUCCAGGACCUUCUAAUUGUUGGAUGCGAAGAAGGAACAGGCAGUAAUUUCAUUUGUUAUGCUUAUCGGCUGAGGUCACGCACGGCAGUAACUGCAUGUUAGGCAAUAAUAGAAUAGCUGGGUUAUUCACUGUCUUAUUUAUAAGCAAUGCCUGUCACAAUCUCUUGCAGCAACCAAAGACUUCUAUUCUCUCCUUCAUUGCUACUUUUGUUCAAGCCGAAAACUGUACAGAAUAUUGUUCUGUAUUAUUUAUCUAUUUUCCCAAGGUUAUCAGCUGCAAUGAUCGGUUUAACUGUCAACAAAAUACUUGGCUAUAAUGCUUUGGUGCUCUUAGCAGUGGAUAAACAAAUUAUAACUCCAUUUCUAGCAUAAAAUCUCCAGCAAGAAUCAACGACAGCAAUUGUUAGGCAAUUUCCUGUAUUAUGUAUGAUGCGCUAAACUUCUAUCACGGGAUUCAUGCUAUGUUGAAAUCCAUGUUGAUGCAUGCAAGAUUGUCAUGUCUGCGUUACAACUUUAAGCUUUCAACAUGAUGUAGGAACAUGUUCAGUCGGCUAAUCAAGCAAAAGGAAACGCUAGCCUAUAGCUACAAGCGUACAUACACUCGCUUGUUAGUCUAAUUUUGCAAUACAGAGAGCAACUUGUGAGGCCAUAAAAACAGCAGACCACAGCAGCCGAUUUGUUUAUAAGAAUUAGGGACUAUAAAGGCGGUCUGUAUAACGUACGACAAUGCGUGUUUUAUUUUAGAGAUCGAGAAAUCAGCCAGAAAACACUUGUAAAGGCUAAACAAGUUUAAUAUGAACACUAGCUGAAAUCGCCAGUAACAUUUAGAGUAUGACCGUUUUUUUACAAAAUAUAUUUUUGUAAAAAAGCUGUUUUUUUACAAAUAUAUAUCAGUGUAAAAAAACAGCUUUCUUACGGUACCGUUUUUUUACACAACAUAUGUAUAUAUAUAUAUAUAUAUAUAUAUAUAUAUAUAUAUAUGUUGUAGUUAGUUUUUUUUAUCUCAAGUAAUUUUUAUUUUUCCUUUGUUUCAUCUUUAUUACCAUACCUAAAAACCCUGGGUCGAAUACCAAUGAAGACAAUUGGCAGAAGUCGCAUUAUCAACUUGGGAUCAUUUGAGUCACCCUGAAUUGCUUUCACUAGAUACAUAAAGCCAUGCAAGAUUAGGCGCGAAUCUUUACCAGUUAACCUGUAAGUGAAGUCUUUAUCUUUAGCUCUAUCCUCAAGGAGCCACCUACCUAGUUGUUUUUUCAUUCUCCCUGCUUUAACAGGGUGUCUGUAAAACGCGGACCGGAUACCUGCGGAUGGCGGAUGCGGAUGGGAAAAUGCGGAUAGAAAAAUGCGGAUGGAAAAAAAAAAAACGCGGAUAACAAAAAAAAUAAGAAAAAAAAAAAACGAGAAAUGCGGAUAACAAAAAAAAAAAAAAGAAUAAAUAAACAAACAAAAAGCAAUUAAGGAAAGAAAUCUUUCUUUCAAGUCGCCGUCACAUGGUUGGACCCUUCACUGCACUUACAUCCAGAACGUGAUGCCAAUAGUUGGCACAGUUUUGUACUCAGUAAUUCCUUUCAUUAAUGUCACAGAAAUAAGAACGCUCCGUUCCUCCUCCUUAAAUGCACACAUACUUGAUGCACUUCUCCUGCGAGUGUCUAGCCUAAGGCUUGCAGGCAAGGAAAACAGCUCAAAAAAUCGGCUAGCACUGGCCCUGUUUAAUAUUCUUUUCUUUACCCAAUAAGGAGCCAGUGGUCUCUGCAAUCACGAGUCAGAAUGCAGAAUACAGCCUGCGAGUAAGCUCUCCUCUUUGGACGAGCAAAGCGAGUCCCGCGCGUUCUCGCGAGGCUCGUUUCGCUCGCCUAAAUAAGAGAGCUUGCUCGCAGGCUAUGCAGAAUAUUACCAGAGCAGCAUCCUAAAGCGGUGUAAUUCACGAACAGUGUGUCUUUACUUUCGGGAGUGAUCGCUGUUUUUUUAAACAUUACUUUAUUCGGAAUUUCAUGGUUAUCAAGCUACGAGGGGGAGGCAUGGGUGUUAGUACUUGCAAAACAAACGACAAAUGCAAUUUUUAAUAUAAAAUCAUUCUGACCUGGAGUUCUGAUUUCUUUGCUCCUACUGGAUAUAGUGUACUCAACUUACAGAAAGAAUAUUCUUAGGGCAAUCAAAUCAAGACUUACUUGUUUGAGCGGCUCAAGACAGAAAAAAUUGCAGAUCAACCAGAAAAAAAGGCCGAACGUAAAAACGUAACCUUCCGAUUUGGCAGAUGCCAAUCAACUCCGCCUAUCAUGUGGAUUUAUUUUUUACAAGCUCUACCCUUUGGGAAUUUAUAAGUGCAUGAAUAAUGAUUCGAAUUUUUAAAAUUGCAAAAUAUACUGCACAUUGAAAAGAAAAAACAGACUUCUUGAUCAAUCGCAAAAGUUAUUUCCCGAAAUGGUGCUGAAAAAAAAUCACCUAAUCAGCAAAAUUAAACUCCCGCAAAAAAAAGUGUUACUUCGAAACGCAUUAAUGAAGGCUACUUUCAGUUUGAUUUGUUUUUGUUUCUAAUUUUUCUCCUAGCAAAAUAGUUUCCAAAACAUAUCCUCAGUGAGUUUUUAGAACGUCUGUAUCGAGCAACUUAAAACUCGUUUUUAAAAGCGUGAAGGGCAGAAUUAGGAAUCGAAAAUAAUUUAUAUAAUAUUCGAAUUAUUUGGCCCGCUCCCGUGCGUUUCUACCUGGAAAGAUGUUUAAGUAUUGCAAAUGAGAAAAAAAAACCAAGCUGCUUCUUAAGAAUACUUUAUAUUUUGUUUUGGCUAUGUCUACACCAGAUCAGCAUUUUUUAUGUGUUGAUGGAAGCUUUUCGUAAAACUGUGAAUUCAAAAUGGAACAAAGGUCAGAUAAAUGACUCUGUUGAGGGUGUGGCAUGUUGCUUGAAAAUGAAUUUCUGUAGAAAAACCCUCAUUAAACAAGACCGAUUCACACAAAACCGAGAGGAAAUCAAGUUGUGUAACAGAAGACCACUAGUGUAACAGUAGCUUAGCUUUUGAUCUCAAAAACGGGCUUCUGCGGGUGUCUGCAGUUCACAGUCACUCUCUGAACUGGUCUGCUAUGGCGGAGUCGACCAGAGUCAAGGCAGAACGAAAAUUGAUUUGUAUUAUGAUCCCUUUUGAAGAUCAGGCUCCUUUGUGAGAAAACAUGGCGAUUUAGCGGAGGCGAGCGUGAAAUAGGCGAAGUAAAACACGCCGACUUUUUCGCGUAAUUCACCCUAUUUUUAGGUUCAGUUUGUUUUCUCUAAUUUUCUUUUAAUUUGAUGAAAUUUAGUCCUUUUUUGUUGUUGUUGUCCGAACAACGUUAUACACGUGUUUUGUUAUGAAGUGUUCUCGUGACACAAUUUAUAUAUCCAAAUUUGUGUUUUUUUUUGGUUUUUGAUAUUGUUCACAAUUUUUUCUAUCCUCAUUUUCCCAUCCGCUUCCGCCAUCCUCAGGUAUCCAGUCCUCGUUUUGCAGACACCUCCUUUGCUAGCCGAUUUUUUUUAGCUGUUUUCCUUGCCUGCAAGCCUUAGGCUAGACACUCGCAGGAGAAGUGCAUCAAGUAUGUGUGCAUUUAAGGAGGAGGAACGGAGCGUUCUUAUUUCUGUGACAUUAAUGAAAGGAAUUACUGAGUACAAAACUGUGCCAACUAUUGGCAUCACGUUCUGGAUGUAAGUGCAGUGAAGGGUCCAACCAUGUGACAGCGACUUGAAAGAAAGAUUUCUUUCCUAAUUGUUUGUUUGUUUAUUUAUUCUUUUUUUUUUUUUGUUAUCCGCAUUUCUCGUUUUUUUUUUUUCUUCUUACUUUUUUUGCUAUCCGCGUUUUUUUUUUCCAUCCGCAUUUUUCUAUCCGCAUUUUCCCAUCCGCAUCCGCCAUCCGCAGGUAUCCGGUCCGCGUUUUACAGACACCCGCUUUAACAUCUUGUUCCAUGGCCUUUAAAUACCUGGACAUUGCCGAAUUGGAGGGCAAAUCAUCAAGGCUAUUUAAUUUUUUGGGGAGGUUACUUACAGAAAUAGCAAGAUCAAGUAACAUUGCAUGAAAAUGUUGGACACCAUUAUUCUUAAGGUGAAGUGGUUCAACAACUUCCUUGUCACAUAGCUUACCAAUUAAUGGUUUGAAUUCUUGUCUGAAUUUUUUUACAGCAAUAAAUUGAGUUACUUUGGAUCUCUUUGUUGAUACUGCUAAAUGACUAGGUACUUUUUUCUUGAAAUCUUCAACCUGUUUUGCAACAUUGAUUCUUUCUGCAUACUGCCAAGGCUUCCACUUACAAUCAUGAGAUUCUCCAUACUUCCCAUUCAGUGCAUUACAGUCAUCUUUGGAGACAUUAGCAAAGCUAGAAAAAUAUUUAGCCGCAUUACUUAAUUCCCCAUUUAUAUAUGCAAGGAGUUUCAUAUCUCCUGGCAAGAGAUCAAAAGAAAAGGUGACAUUCUUACCCAAUACUGUGUAAGAUUUGCUCUCUAUUUUUUCCAUGUCUGUAGCAAGUUUCACUGUAAAACGAGAAACAACCAUAUGGUCCUCCUUACAAUUAGCUCCAAAAAGCAAAAAAUUGUCACUGGGACUAGCUAUCCUGGGCCCCACAUUCAAAAAACGUAUCAGCCAUGACAUAGAUUGAUCCCAUUUCCCAAAAGGAGCCCCAUCACCCCCUAUGGCAACCUUAAAUGCUCCCUCCCUCUCACUGAACCACACCAGCUUAUCCCCAGGUUUCCUGUACUGAUCAGUCUCAAAAUAGAACUUGACCAGCAGAAGUAAAAAGUUCUCCAGGUUUCUAUAGACCCCAUCAACCUGCUGAUCAGGUGGAAGGUCAUGGCAUAGGGUUUCCCUUAUUGAAUAAAAUUCCCCCACAUCAAUUUCUUCAAUUUUUUUCAUUAACAACCGAUAGGGAAGGAGUUUAGGAAUGGGAUACCCAUACCAAACAAAACUCUUUCUUUUGACACAGAACCUAGUUUCUUGGUGGGUUUCUUAGUAUUUUUCAUAACAAGAGCUGAUCUUGUUUGUUCAUAUUUUACCUUUUCCAUUAAUCCUCCUGCAUAAAGCAUAGAAAGUGAACGAAUGACAUUAUGAUCACUUUGCUCAUACUGCUUAACCUGAGGUUUUAUUACUGCUAGACUAGCUUUUCUCAUCUUUUUUGAUGAAGAAAAGUAUUUAGAUAGAGCUGCUGUCUUCGCAUAUUUAGUCAGCGUAGAAAACAUGCCAUCCAAGGCUGGGGACCUGUCUUCAAAAGAUCCACCAUUUACCUCUGUUGCUGCAACCAACGUUUCAAGUUGUCUUCUGCUGGCACUUCGCUGCGGCACGUUUAGCUUUCCCUCAUCAGUGAGCACAGUUGGACUUUUUUUUUUCUUAGAGUGGAUGUGUUAGCUGUCACUUCAAAAACUAACCUUCUUUUAGUCUUGACAGCGGGAAGAUCAACUUUUACCUAAUCAACAUUUUCUUUUAUGCGAGUUUUCUGAAAGUCCAAGAACAUAAGUUAACCCUUUAAGCCCUAUGAAUGAUCAGCAUCAAAUUUCUCCUUGUAAUAUAAAUACUUUGUUAAACAGAGUGGUCAUGAGAAUUGCGGACAUGAUCACACAAGAUGAGUUUUCUUGAUAUUUUAUCAACUUCUUCCCACUUCUUCUGUACGAAAUGAAUGUAGCGAAUUUAACUUAGAGAACAUUUACUCUGGAGUAAAUUUUAGCGGAGCGAUGGAAAAAUCGCAAAAAUAAGAACCCGCAAAAUUUUCGUGCCACACGGUAGACCUCUCCUUUCACUAAAAAAACCUUUUUCAAGCUAAACUUACCUUAUUCUUGAGUCGCUGAAGCCUUUUUUUAAGGUACAAAUUUCCUUUGAUUUCGAAAGGUACUCCGCUCGAAGAGUAGCCCUCUGCUUACUGAGCUCCCCAACAGGAAAAUUUGACUUGCAUUUCUUCGAUGUAGUGCUCUUUCUUCGUGACUUGCUCCCCAUGUAAACCGCUCAGCGAACCAUAUAAACGCAAAAAUCUCUAAGAAGCAGAGGCAUCCGGUAAAAAACCAAAACGAGGAAAACACAGCCGAGGUUUCAGGUCUUCUGUUUACGAUAACAUACCUGGUAAUAAUACGUUUCCCAGCGAGAAAAUUUUCGACAAAAAUACUCAAUUUUUCUUGAAGGACUGAGAACUCAGUGUGCGUGAAACAGAGAGUAAAAGUACAAGGGAAAAUUUUGCCGAAGAAAGAUGUAAACGCAUGCAAAUCGCAUAUCAACAGAAAGCUUAAAGCCUGUAGAAAUUUGUUUUUGAGUGGGAAAAACUCCCCUAGUACCCAUUCCUCCGCAAAUGGCCAAAUUCUGACCAGGACUCUUGAGCGAAAAUGGCUGCCAAAUGACCGCGCUAUAGAACUGCUAAUUAGGGACUGGAAACUGGGGACACAAAACUUGGCCAAAAUUGGCACAAAAAUUUCCAAGCGUGAAAUUAUGAUAACAAGCUUCAAUCGUAUCUGACAAGUGCACAAGCUUAUUUUUAUAAAGGGAGGCUCUCCAGCAAAGUGUAGUUCGCUGUUUUCCGUUAUUUUCUCAAUGAGAUUCCUUGACGCACACGGAUCCGUGCAGAAGAAGAAAAUGAAAUUGCAUGAAACUGCAGGCAAUGAAAAAAUCAAACAGGAAUAGUUUAUAUUUCCUUUUGAUUUCAUCGGCAUCCUCACUCAAAGAAUUUUGAAACUCGAUCCCGGUUAAUGCAGAUAACGGACACUUUCUUGUGUCCCGAGACACAAACUCUUAUACAUUGUUAACCUCUUCUAUACUUGCUACCUUUCUUUAACAAAAGCAACCCCAUUUAAAAUAUAUUCCCAGAAGAUCCUUUUUCAAAUCCAGAGCACUGGCUUCAAUUUUACUUCAACCAAGAGGAGAUUAAGUACACCUCACUUACCAAUAUUGGAGCCCGUGUUGAAACCGCCCCCCCCCCUCCCCAGUUACACAAUUUACUCCAUUUCAAACAUCCCACAGGAAGAAGGAAUUACCAUUAAGUGCAAAGCGUACGAAACAUUCUAUCGAAACGAACCUCCAAUACCUAGCCAAUACCUCGCAGAUAUGCUGAGACUUAUCCUAAAGGAGAACUCUUUCCAAUUUGUUAGAAAAAAAACUACCUCCAAGUACAAGGUACGGCUGUGGGGGCAAAAAUGGCAGUUGCAUUUGCUAACAUCUUUAUGUCUGCAAUAGAGACAGAAAUUAUUAACAAAGUCCGCAUUAACCACUAGUGUGGAAGAGAUUUGUCGAUGACAUAUUUUCAUUGUGGAAUAUAGACAAAGAAGAAGUAUACUCAUUACGGCAUAGAACUAGCAAAUAACCACCACCCGACCGUAAAAUUUACUGCUGAAGUUUCAAACACAGAAACUGUUUUUCAGGGUACAUGUAUAUACAAAGGAGAAAGAUUUAAGACAGAAUCAAUCCUAGAUGUGCGUACACUCUUCAAACCUACAGAAACUUUCCAAUCCACCCAUUUCUCUUCAUGUCACCCCCUAGGGGUUAAGAAAGGAUUCAUAAAAGGAGAGGCCUUAAGAUUACUUAGAACAAACUCUUCUGAGAAAACGUUCAAAGAGAACAUAACUAAUUUCAAGCGAAGACUCCGUAUGAGAGGUUAUAGAGAUAAAGUGAUAGAUAAACACCUAUCAGAAGUCAAGCAUCACGAAAGAAUGUCGGCUUUGCAAAACAAGACAAAAACGCACAAGAAAAUACUACCGUUCGUAACAGAAUAUCGCCCCUCAGGAUCUGUUCCCUCGAUUCCGUGAUGGAGGGUCUUGUGUAAAGUCGACGCACGGCCUAGCUCUAUUUCCCUUUCCCUUCCCUACUUAGUGUACUACUGUAGCGAAUGGCGUGUUCAUUAGAAAACAACGUGAGCAUCCCAAGAACGAACUGGUGUUUUCUUGGCAUAUUAAAGGAAGACAGCUAAUAGCAUUUCGCUAAACAAUAUUGGCCUAAAACCCCCUUGACUUGCUGGUUUUAUUUUUCCUGCCCUGAUAUAUGCCUAUUUAGAACAAGCCACAGGUUUGUUUCAAGUUCACCUUGAAAUCUCUCAAUUUCUUUCACUCACUGAUAUAUUUUUUCUCAGAAUGUCAGAACUACCAAAGCCUUAAUGCUGCAGACAGGAAGAUAACCUACACAACCUACCACGGGUAUUGUGACGGGAGCAUCACUAAAGGCUGGUAUCGUUUUGAAGGAGCCGCAGGAUCCAGAAUGCCCACCUCGUGCACACCCGAUUGGAGGUGUGGUACUCACGUAACGAGCUGGUUGACAAAUGGACAUCCUAGUGUGGCUGAUGGAAGAGUCAGUAAGCAAGUCUGUUUCAGUUACCUUGGGUAUUGCUGUUUUGCUCGAACUAGAAACAUCAACGUGAGGAACUGCGGGAAUUACUAUGUAUACGAACUUGUUCCUAUUGGUAGUUGCAGUUACCGCUACUGUGGCACUGACUAAACAAGAUUAUUGUGAAAUAUCUUAUCCCGUGGUGAAACGAACUUGAUGAAGAAAGGGAAACUACAGUAGGAUUAUCUUCAUAUCAAGUGAUUAUAAAUAAUGUCUAAAAUAACUCCGCGUACAGUUUGUCCCUGACAAAUUUAAAAUCACAUAACCCUUGCAUCAAAUAGCAAAGGCUGCUUCUUAACCGCUUAUAUUGUAUUACUAUGUACUCUCGAUGAAUCAUAACGUCAAGCCUCCGGAGUUUCCAAUCUGAUAGAAAAAAAUGAGAAACAUUUAGAUUAUUAGAUAAACAUUUUAGAUUAUUGCAAUCUUCAAUCUUUUACUACCAGAGCCAACGAGACAAUUCCGAAAUGAUAUAUUUAUAACUUUCGACCCUGUGAGCGGAUUCCCUUGGUGCGUUAAUUGUUUCUAAAGUUUUAUACUUGUGGUUUACUAAUAAUUUUCUGGGUAGUCUUAAGACUUGAACUAUGUGAAAGCGCUCUUUAUGCCGUUUUAAAUAUAGCUGUG